AUGACUGUCUACCACUUUGUCACAGGUAUCUUCCAUUUAAAAGUACCUGAGUCCUCUCACGUCGGUUCUGCUAUUGGAAGGAUCAGAGCUGUGGACCCUGAUUUUGGGAAAAAUGCAGAAAUUGAGUAUAAUAUAGUUCCAGGGGAUGGAGGAAACUUGUUUGACAUUACAACAGAUGAGAACACCCAGGAAGGAGUUAUCAAACUGAAAAAGCCAUUAGACUUUGAAACAAAAAAGGCUUAUACCUUUAAAGUCGAGGCCUCCAAUCUCCAUCUUGACCAUCGAUUUCACUCAGUGGGUCCAUUCAAAGAUACUGCCACUGUGAAGAUAAAUGUGUUGGACAUGGAUGAACCUCCAGUUUUCAGCAAACCUAUGUACACAAUGGAGGUUUAUGAGGAUACACCUGUGGGGACCAUUAUAGGUGCAGUGACAGCACAAGACCUUGAUGCUGGCAGCAGCUCGGUUAG